AAAUAAUUAUUUUACUUCACUACAGCAUUUUAUUAUUUUUGGGGUUUGUACUUUACUUUGUAACGUUAAUUUACUCAACUGCAAUUUCAACUAAAUACAUUAUUUAGAAUGGAAAAAAGUUAAUUUUACAAUUUAUAAGACUUGAAAGUUACUUGCUGUGUUUUUGCACAAAAAUUUAAUUUCACUUCGGUGUGACUUGCAGUCUAAAAAAAGUACAGCACUGUUUUAAUUAUUUUUCUACAUUUUAGCUAAAUUACUUAUGCUCAGUGUCUGUACUAAUACUUAAGUAUAAUCUAAGAUUAUUGUUAACACUUUUCUUCCCAUGUAAUGAAGUUAAAACCUUUUUCAUGUUAUUGCAGGUCACCCUGCAUAUGAGAUGAUGGAGACUGGGCACCCUCCCUCCAUCUGGGUCACACAGAAAUCUCUCACACCAACACUACACGCUCUGCAAGACGAAGUAAGAGGGAGCAAAGAAAAAACACACUGCAGCCAGCUGAAGGAGGUGGUGAGCGACACACUGAGGAGACACACAAGGCUGAUGAAGAUGCUGUGCCACAUGCUGAGGAGACACAAGCGAAUGGAGAUGGUGAGCGACACACUGAGGAAGAGACCCACAACACUCAGGGGAUGGCAGUGACACAAACAGAAUGCAACUUAUGUGUGCACAGAGGUGCAGAAGUAAACCGCCUGUUGGAAGAAAACAGACAGCUGCGACGUGAACUUGAUGAGCACAGGAUGUCUGAUAGUUUUUUUGGAGACAAUGAUGAUAAAGUAAAGUACUACACAGGGCUGCCAAACAUGGGAACCUUUAUGGCCUUGCUAAGUUUUUUGGUGCCUCUCAUGUCAGACCAAAAGAGGAAAGUUCUUAGUCCAUUUCAAAUGCUUCUCUUAACCUUUAUGCGCCUCAGACUGGAUCUGCCUGCACAACAUCUAGCCCAUCUCUUUCGUGUUUCCCCAAAGACAGUAUACAGAACAUUUCAGGAAAUUGUGUCAUUUAUGUAUGCAAACCUGAGCUGUUCCAUCAUAUGGCCAGAUAGAGACACUUUACAAAAAAUUAUGCCUCACCAAUUUGUGGAGUCCUUUGGACGCAGAGUAGCGGUGAUCAUUGACUGUUUUGAGAUUUUCACAGAGAAACCAUCAAAUCUAAAAGCACGUGCUCAAAUGUUUUCCAGCUACAAGCACAACCACACUAUGAAGUAUUUGAUAGGUAUUACACCCAAGGGAUCUAUUUGUUUUAUAUCCAAAGGGUGGGGUGGCCGUACAAGUGACAAACACAUUACAGAAAAUAGUGGUUUUCUUGAAAAAUUGUUGCCAGGGGACAUUGUAUUGGCUGAUAGAGGUUUUGAUAUAAAGGAAAGUGUUGGCAUGUUGUGUGCAGAGGUCAAACUCCCAGCCUUUACAAAGGGUUACUGUCAGCUAGCUGCAAGAGAUGUAGAGGAGACACGAAAAGUAGCUCACCUAAGAAUCCAUGUUGAAAGAGUGAUUGGAAAUAUCUGUCAAAAAUAUAACAUUUUAACAGGAACCAUUCCCAUCAACAUGAUCCUCCCAUGUGAAGGUGAGGAUAUCACAUUUUUAGAUAAGAUUGUCACUGUCUGUUGUGCGCUGACAAACCAAUGUCCAACUGUAGUGUAGUACAGUGUUUUUCAACCCUUUUUCCAAUCUAUUGCAAUGUGCUGAUGCUUGAUCCUGCUUGACCAGCCAUGCAUUAACAAUAAAACAUGUAUGACAACAUUUUUCAUAAA